AUGCGGGACGAUCGCGAGGAUCCGUUGGAUCCCCCGCCUUCGCCGACGUUGGGCGCGACGGCAGAAAGCGAUGCGCGCGUGGACGCGCUCAUCGCGCGGGUGCUGCGCGAGGGCCAGGACGACGACAGCCUCGGCGAGGACGACGACGAGGACGAAGACACCCGCGACGCGCCGCCGCCGGCCGCGCUGAUAACGCCGCCGCAGAAGCGGCGGAACACCGCCCCGCCGGCCGCGUCCGCCAAGCGCCAGACGCCGACGAAGUCCGCGCGCAAGUUCGCGCCCCCCUCGCGCGCGCUCCCGCAGCAACCCACGCAAAGCCCGGGGCGCAAGCUCGUGGGGUUCGAGGUCGCCAGGCAGUACACGUGCCCCGGGGACGUUGGCGGCCAAAGGCGUUGGACCAAAGGCGUCGUCACCGCGUUUCACGACGACGACGAGCACUGGGGCGAGACGUACGACGUGUCGAUGGAGGACGACAUGGACGACCACGGCGUGACGUUCGAGGAGCUGCUGCUGAUCCUCGCGAACGAAGCGGACAAGAAGAGCGUCGUCUCCGAGCAGUCGUGGGCGCUCGCCCUCGGGAUACUCCGGAUGGCCGAUCCGACGCAGGCGGUGCGAACGUUUCGCAAGGAGCGGCACAGCCCGAACGCGCGGUUCGCCGGCUUCGACACCCUCGUCCAUCCCGACGGCGCGGAAUGCUACGAGGCGAAGAUCCAGGACGCGAACGGCGGCAAGCACCACUUCGCUUUUCAUUUCCCAACCAAGUGGGGCGCCGCCGCGGCUCACGAGAUUCUCGCCAGGCGGCUGGAGUUUCACGGACCGGGCGUCAAGGGGUGGACGCGUCGCAACUUCGCGCCGGAGACGCCGUGGGAGGCGCUCGUGGGAGUCCUCAUCGCGGGCGCGACGUGGACCGGGGCCCGGCCGGAAGGACCCGGACCUUCCGGCGGCGCAAAGUCCGACGGUACACCCGCGUCGGGGGACCCCGCCUCGAAUUCGCCCGAGUCGGUGAUUGGGACGGACGAUGGCGUCGGCGAGGACGAGCGGCCGAUUCACGAAGUCGUCAAGCGCGAGCGAAAGCCCGCACGGCGCUUCUCCACCGAUUACGUCCUCGAAAACAAGCCGCCGAGAAAACGAAAGACGCCGCCCCAAUCGCAAUCGCCCGUCCCAAUCGCAACCCCGAAGAAGGGAAAGGAGAGGCGAAUCGACCAGGCUCUGGAUCUGACGACGCGAGGCAUGCCCCGGAAGAUGAACCGCCGUUUCCUGGGCGUGAAGACGUCGUCGGACGUGACGAUUGGGGGAAAGCGAAUCGCUCGAUGCGUCGGCUCUUCGGAGUUUUUCGGCGUUCGGUGGGCGGGCUCCGCCGUCAAGCCCGGCGCGCGUCCCCGCUCCGCCAAGCCCUGGCAGUGCGUCCUCAACGUCACCGGCGCGGGUAAGGCGGCGGACAUCGGCCUCGGCAGCUACGUCACCGCGAGAGAGGCGGCGCUCGCUUACGACGCGGAGGUGCGGCGCAGGGGCUGGGAGCACUUAAAGCCCACCAACUUUGCCCCGCCGGCGGACCCGGCUCACGUUCCCCCGCGCCACGAGCUCAGCGCGGCGAUGAACCUGACCGAGAAGCAUCCGGUGAUCCUCAACCACCUUCGAGUCGCGAUGUCGGGCGUGGGCAACCCCAUCGUGGGCCACAGGGUCACGGAGACCGGGAACGGCGAACGCGCGUGGCGCCGAGCCGAGGUCAAAAUCCGAUACUUGAUACCCACGCCAAAAUCCCCGCACAUGAACGCCGCCGAGCACCACAGGUGGGUCCUCCUCAAGGACGUGGCGGGCGUCCUGAACGGCUGGGACAAGCUGGUGGACUACAUCAGGAGGCACAAGCGGCGGCUCGAGGAGGACGUCGAGGGGUCUAAUAAAAUCGGCCCCGGCGAGCUCCCCGCGUCCGCGCCCCUCUUCACGCUGUUCACCAGGCACUACGACAGCGGCCAGAGCUGCGUUUGCGUCCUCGGCGGCUUCGAGCCGUACGACCCGGACGGGUAUCCUCACUACGUGGUCGUGUGCGACGGCGACACCGAGGAUUUGACGGAUAACGAGCUUCGAGGGGAGCUAGGUUUGACCCCGGGGCCGGAGCCGGCGGAUCCUAACCGUUACCCGAACCCUAACCCUAACCCCGCGGAGCCCCGCGCGAACCCGUACGCGGAGUUCUGCAGGGAAAUCCGGCACAAAAUCCUCGCGGUUGACCCCACCAUGCCCCACACGCGGGUGAACAGGCGGCUCGGAGAGCUGUGGCGGAAGAAAAAGGCUGGCGGCGGCUGCGAAAAAACGGCGGACAGCCCCAAGCCGGGUGAAAUCACCGCCGCCGCCGCCGCCGCCGCCGACGACGACGACGACGACGACGAUGACGACUGCCCGCUGGCACCCGUCAAGCGCGAACGGAGCGAUGACGGGGACGACGCGGGACCCGAGAUCGUCGCGGCGCUCGACCGCAUCCUGCGGGAAGUUGACCUCACCAGGACCACGACCAACAUGGUGAUUCGUAGGCUGGAAGACGAGCUCCCCGUCACGUUCAACCUCCGCCACCACAAGCUGUUCCUCAAGGAGAAGAUCAAGGCGUGGGUGGAUGAGAACGUCGACCGCGCGAUUCCAAAUGAUGAGCCGAAAGACGUACCCGCGCUCCCAGCGCCUGAUACGCCCACCGACUCCGGGCUGCGUCGCGCAAAGUUGAUGCUAGAAAACGGGGUCAUCGACGCCGAGGAUUACGAAGCGAUCAAGACUGCGUGGAUGAAGAGCCUGGGCGGGUGA